AUGCAGCGCCGGGGCGCCCUGUUCGGCAUGCCGGGCGGCAGCGGCAGCAGGAAGAUGGCUGCAGGAGACAUCGGCGAGCUGCUGGUGCCUCACAUGCCCACGAUCCGCGUGCCCAGGUCGGGGGACAGGGUGUACAAGAACGAGUGCGCCUUCUCGUACGACUCCCCCAAUUCUGAAGGUGGACUCUAUGUAUGCAUGAAUACAUUUUUGGCCUUUGGAAGGGAACAUGUUGAAAGACAUUUUCGAAAAACUGGACAGAGUGUAUACAUGCACCUGAAAAGACACGUGCGAGAGAAGGUAAGAGGGGCAUCUGGUGGAGCUUUACCAAAACGGAGGAAUUCCAAGAUUUUUUUAGAUCUAGAUACUGAUGACGAUUUAAAUAGCGACGAUUAUGAAUAUGAAGAUGAAGCCAAACUUGUUAUAUUCCCAGACCACUAUGAAAUAGCACUGCCAAAUAUUGAGGAGUUACCAGCCCUGGUAACAAUUGCUUGUGAUGCGGUUCUCAGCUCAAAAUCUCCAUAUAGAAAGCAGGACCCAGACACAUGGGAAAAUGAAUUGCCGGUAUCCAAAUAUGCCAAUAACCUUACCCAGUUGGACAAUGGAGUCAGGAUUCCUCCGAGUGGUUGGAAGUGUGCCAGGUGUGACCUGCGGGAGAACCUCUGGUUGAAUCUGACCGAUGGCUCCGUGCUGUGUGGGAAGUGGUUCUUCGACAGCUCUGGAGGCAACGGCCACGCGCUGGAGCAUUACAGAGACAUGGGCUACCCUCUAGCCGUGAAACUGGGAACCAUCACUCCUGACGGGGCGGAUGUUUAUUCCUUUCAAGAAGAGGAACCUGUUUUGGAUCCUCAUUUGGCCAAGCACUUAGCGCAUUUUGGAAUUGAUAUGCUUCAUAUGCAUGGGACAGAGAACGGGCUUCGGGACAAUGACAUCAAGCCUCGGGUCAGCGAGUGGGAAGUGAUCCAGGAAACGGGGACGAAGCUGAAGCCCAUGUAUGGCCCCGGGUACACGGGUCUCAAGAAUCUGGGCAACAGCUGCUACCUGAGUUCCGUCAUGCAAGCCAUCUUCAGCAUCCCAGAGUUCCAGAGAGCGUAUGUAGGAAAUCUUCCAAGAAUAUUUGACUACUCUCCUUUAGAUCCAACACAGGACUUCAACACACAGAUGACUAAGCUAGGACAUGGCCUUCUCUCAGGCCAGUAUUCAAAACCUCCAGUGAAAUCUGAACUCAUUGAACAGGUGAUGAAGGAGGAACACAAGCCUCAACAGAAUGGGAUCUCUCCACGCAUGUUUAAGGCCUUUGUCAGCAAGAGCCACCCAGAAUUCUCCUCUAAUAGACAGCAGGAUGCCCAGGAGUUUUUCUUGCACCUGGUGAAUCUAGUAGAGAGGAACCGCAUUGGCUCAGAAAACCCAAGUGAUGUUUUUCGGUUUUUGGUGGAAGAACGUAUUCAGUGCUGUCAGACGCGCAAAGUUCGCUACACGGAGAGGGUGGAUUACCUGAUGCAGUUGCCUGUGGCCAUGGAGGCAGCAACCAACAAGGAUGAACUGAUUGCCUAUGAGUUAACGAGGAGGGAGGCAGAAGCAAACAGAAGACCCCUUCCCGAGUUGGUUCGCGCCAAGAUACCAUUUAGUGCCUGCCUUCAGGCUUUUUCUGAACCGGAAAACGUAGAUGAUUUCUGGAGCAGCGCCCUACAAGCAAAGUCUGCGGGUGUGAAAACAUCUCGCUUUGCCUCAUUCCCUGAAUACUUGGUAGUGCAGAUAAAGAAGUUCACUUUUGGUCUUGACUGGGUUCCCAAAAAAUUUGAUGUUUCUAUUGAUAUGCCAGACCUACUUGAUAUCAACCAUCUCCGAGCCAGGGGGUUACAGCCAGGAGAGGAGGAGCUUCCGGACAUCAGCCCCCCUAUAGUCAUUCCUGAUGACUCAAAAGAUCGCCUGAUGAACCAACUCAUAGACCCCUCAGACAUUGAUGAGUCAUCAGUGAUGCAGCUGGCUGAGAUGGGUUUCCCUCUAGAAGCAUGUCGGAAGGCUGUGUACUUUACUGGAAAUAUGGGAGCUGAAGUGGCCUUCAACUGGAUCAUUGUUCACAUGGAAGAGCCAGAUUUUGCUGAACCACUGACCAUGCCUGGUUAUGGAGGAGCAGCUUCUGCUGGAGCCUCUGUUUUUGGUGCUACUGGAUUGGAUAACCAACCUCCGGAGGAAAUUGUAGCUAUCAUUACCUCCAUGGGAUUCCAUCGAAAUCAGGCUGUUCAGGCACUACGAGCCACGAAUAAUAACCUGGAAAGAGCACUGGAUUGGAUCUUUAGUCACCCUGAGUUUGAGGAGGACAGUGACUUUGUGAUCGAGAUGGAGAAUAACGCCAAUGCCAACAUUAUUUCUGAGGCCAAGCCUGAAGGACCUAGAGUCAAGGAUGGAUCUGGAAUGUAUGAAUUAUUUGCGUUCAUCAGUCACAUGGGAACAUCUACAAUGAGUGGCCAUUAUGUUUGCCACAUUAAAAAGGAAGGAAGGUGGGUGAUCUACAAUGACCACAGAGUGUGUGCCUCAGAAAGGCCCCCCAAGGACCUGGGCUACAUGUACUUUUACCACAGGGUGCCACGCUGAGCCUCAGGCGCGCCAGUUGCCGAGAGGAAGCCACACGCCUUUUUAAUUUGCCAAAAAAAAAAAAGAGCAGAAGUUGGGACAGCCAGACAUGAACGAAUACAUGGGGUAUUUAUAGUUUAUUUAAAGAACAUCAUUUGACGCCUUCUGAAAUAGAACUGGGAAGAAAUUUCUAUUAGUGAUGAUACACUACUGUAGAUAGUUUUUCUUUAUAUAAAUGUUCAAGGAGAGGAUGAUUUAAAAAAAAAAGUAUUUAUAUUGCUGGUGGGGGAUCUGCCACUGUCACACCAAAAAAUGGGAAUGUGCCACCAGCCCUCUAUUAUGCUUUGGGGGCCAGUGGUGUGGCCUCACCCCCCCCCCAAUAAACAAAAAGCCCAUUUUUGUUUCAUAUCGAAAAUCAGUAAUGGGAUGGGCUUUAUUUGUGACACAAUUUUUUCAUUACACACAAUUUCUGACGUAGCCAUGUAUAGAAGAUUAGAGCAUCUGCAAUGAAAGGUAUUUUUAAUUUAAUCGUAUCGAAAUUCAUGAUGUGAUUGUGUGAAUGCGUGAGGGUGAGAUCGUUAUCGUCAACCAGAAAAUCUGUGCCAGGCUGGUUUUUAAAGGUUAAAGCAGUUGGUAUUAAGCAUAGCUGGGAAAAGCGAGUAACUAUUUUAAAGAAACUAUAACUCAGGAACAGUUUUAAAAAUUGGCUCCCCACUUAGAUUUUCACGCAUAAAAAGGGCUGAAUUGUCCCUUUUUAAAGGGACAAUUUUUCAAAGCCCUUUUGUGGCUUUGAAUGUGAUCUCGGGCACCUUAAGGGCCUCAGGUGCAAAGUAAAUUUUUCUGA